AUGGAUGGAAUGAUAGCUUUGUUGAAGACUUCUCCAGUGCGUGUAUGUGAUGAGGUUGAUGAGUCUAUAGAGUACUUUCAUCGACUUUUCUGGACAUUCCCUCCAUGCGUUGAAGCUUUUAAACAUUGCAAGCCACUAAUUAGCAUUGACGGUACACAUCUGUAUGGAAAGUAUGAUGAUACUUUGCUUCUGGCUAUUGCGCAAGAUGGAAACUCGAAUAUAUUGCCAGUUGCUUUUGCACUUGUUGAGGGGGAGAAUGCUGAGUCGUGGGCUUUUUUCUUACCCCACCUGCGUCAACAUGUGACCCCACAAGAAGAGAUUCUGGUGAUUUCUGACAGACACAACGGCAUUAAGACUGCACUGGAGGCAUCAGAUAGUGGUUGUUUCAAGGGUCAGGAUGCAAGGCGGUUGCUCGUGAAUGCGGCGUAUGCCAAGACUGAGGCCGAGUUUGACUACUGGUUUGAUAUUAUGAGGACGGAGAAUCCAGCCAUGUGUGAUUGGACCAAUCGACUGGAGUACGAUACGUGGACCCAACACCAGGAUGGAGGCAGUCGGUUCGGCUACAUGACAAUGAACAUAUUCGAGUGUGUUAACUCUGUAUUGAAGGGGACACGGAAUCUGCCAGUUAAUGCACUUGUGAAAUCCACAUACGGGAGGUCGGCAGAGCUUUUUGUCGUCCGAGGGCAGACAGCAGGGGCGCAGUUGGGAUUAGGCCAACGGUUUUGCCAGGCGCUGGUCAAGGCGAUAGAGUGCAACUUGAAAGAUUCGAGGUGCUUCACGGUUACUCUGUUUGACAGACAUCAGUCUGAGUAUACUGUGGCUGAGACGACUCCUACCGGUAACUUUUCGCUUGGGACGUAUCGGGUUUCCCUCAGAGAUCGCACUUGUGACUACGGGUACUUUCAAGCUCUCCAUUACCCGUGCUGCCAUGCGAUUGCAUGUUGUGCUCAGUCCCGGUUAGACUGGGCUACAUACGUCCGUGAGGUUUAUACCAUGAGUAAGGUGUUCACUCCCGGUUAG